AUGGCAGCGACGGCGUGCCUUUGCCCGGGGCCUCUGUUCCCGUACCCGCCGCCGCGAGCCGGGGCAGGGAUGGCCGUGCGCCGCAAGUGCCUGCGGGCGGCGCAAGCGGAGCUCGGCGCGGGGCUGGUCGAGUCCAUGCGGGCGUCUUCGCCCACGCACGCCAGGGCCGCCGGCGUCGACGAGGAAAUCUUGCACUAUCUUCUUGGUUUUACAUGUCUCGCUAACACAACGAAUCAUCUAUGUGUGCGCGUGCAGGCGAGGCACCCAUCGGCGCUUGGCAAGUUCGAGGAGAUCGUGGCGGCGUCCAAGGGGAAGCAGAUCGUCAUGUUCCUCGACUACGACGGCACGCUGUCGCCCAUCGUCAAUGACCCCGACGCCGCCUUCAUGAGCGACACGAUGCGGAUGGCAGUGCGCAGCGUCGCCAAGCAGUUCCCGACGGCGAUCGUCAGCGGCCGGUGCCGCGACAAGGUGUUCGAGUUCGUCAAGCUGGCGGAGCUGUACUACGCCGGCAGCCACGGCAUGGACAUCAAGGGCCCGGCCAAAUCCUCCGCCGGCCACGCAAAGUCCAACUCCAAGGCUAAAGGAGUUCUGUUUCAGCCAGCAAGCGAGUUCAUGCCCAUGAUCGAGCAGGUACGCAUCUUGGCUUCGACCUCACAACCACAUCAUCGACCCUAGCUAGCUACCCAAACUGCUCGCCUGUUUACAUCAGCUGUUCUUAAAUUCUGCUACUCGAUUUGUUCCUUCAA